GCCACAGCUUCCUGGGGCGGGGCCUUGUGCUGGAAGCAAGGGCAGGACUUCCGGCGGCGGGAGGAAACCGCCAGCUAGCACCCAUGGCUUGGUAUCUGAAACUGGUAGGCGUUCCCUUUAGGGUUCAGAGAUUCCACACGACUGCGUGUGGCUACAAAGGCCGGACCGGCGCCGAGCAUCUGUGGCUGAUGCGCCAUCUAAAGGACCCGUUUGUGAAGGCCGCAAAGGUGGAGAGUUACCGCUGCCGCAGCGCCUUCAAGCUCCUGGAGAUGAAUGAGAAGCAUCACAUUCUGCAGCCCGGCCUCCGGGUCCUGGACUGCGGGGCGGCUCCGGGAGCCUGGAGUCAGGUGGCAGUGCAGAGAGUCAACGCCACAGGCGCAGACUGCAGCUCUCCUGUGGGCUAUGUGCUUGGGGUUGAUCUUCUUCACAUAUUCCCUCUGGAAGGAGCAACUUUUCUGUGUCCUGCUGAUGUGACUGACCCUGGAACGCGCCAGAGAAUUUUAGAGCUGCUUCCCAGAAGGAGAGCGGAUGUGAUUCUGAGUGAUAUGGCGCCUAACGCCACUGGAAUCCGAGACCUCGAUCAUGACAGGCUUAUCAGCUUGUGCCUUACCCUUGUGGACAUGGCUGUGGACAUCCUGCAUCCUGGGGGGACAUUGCUGUGUAAAACCUGGGCCGGAAGAAAAAGCCACCUGCUACAGAAGAGGCUUACCCAGGAAUUCCGGAACACUAGGGUGGUGAAACCAGAAGCCAGCCGGAAGGAGUCUUCAGAGGUGUACCUCUUAGCCACACAGUACCGGGGAGGGAAGGGCUCCACGGGGCAGUGAGUCUGUCCUGCCUUUCUGGAAGUGCUUUCCUGAGAGUGACUGGAAUCUGAGCUGCAUUGUGGAUAUAAAUAGUACCCUGCA